UAGGAUACUCCUUCAGAAAAAAACUUUCCCUGUCCAGAGAAGCAGCAAUAAUGGCUUCUUUUCUGAAAGUAGGGUUGAUCUUGGCCGCCUUCUUCGUCUUCGCCGGGCUGAAUUCGUCGGCCGCGAAGAUCUACACCGUCGGCGACUCGAUCGGAUGGACGAUAUUGAACAGCCCCAACUACACAGCUUGGGCUGCUUCUAAAACCUUCCAUGUGGGUGACAUUGUCACUUUCAACUACAACAAACAAUUCCACAAUGUGUUGGAGGUCAGCAAAGCAGACUACAAUGCAUGCACCAAUCAUUCUACUUUAGCAAUGUAUUUCUCCGGCAAAGACUCCAUCACCAUUAAAACCGCCGGGCACCACUAUUACAUCUGCGGCGUUCCCGGCCAUUGUCAGCUAGGCCAGAAAGUUGACAUCUUUGUUGGAGGCGGCAAAGCUUCCGCUCCUUCCUCCUCUGCUGCCCCUUCUCCCUCUGCGUCGCCGGCUUUCGCACCAAGCACGGGACCUUCGUCGAGCAACUCGGCACUCGCACCAAGCACCGGUGCUCACCUGUCAACGACAUUGGCGAUGAUCAUCGGGGUUAUGGCGAUGGCAAGUGCUACUGUAUUGAUAGGGUUUUAGAAAUUAGGGUUUUGGAGUUUUUGUGCGUGUAUGUUUGAUAAUGUGAGAACCAUUUUAAAUUGAGUUUUAAUUAUCAGUAGGUUGUGGGAAGUUGUUUGUUAUUGACUUGAGAAAACUAGUGUUUUUCUUAAUAUAUGAGGGAAAGACAACUUAUUAUGUUG